CCUGGAAGGCCAGGGGGGGGCUUCAGCCCCCGCCUUGGUGCAAAGUCCUGCUCCGCUGCCACCGGCCACCUGGCAGGGGCGCGGGUGCGGGGACGCUGGCACUGGGUGCCUGUCCAGCUGCAGGGACCCGGCACCCGCUGCAGGGCAGCACGAUAGCAACGGGGUCCCCAGUUCCCUGCUCCGUGGCAGGUCUCUGUCUCAGUGGAGAGCGGACCAGCAGGAUUUGCUGCCAGAGGGUACGGGGCAGCCACGAGAGCUGCGCCAUGAGAGACCACACCGCUGCCUCUCUCCCCUUCUCCCCUCCAGCUGCAGGGGCCUCAAAUGCGAGAGCAAACGAGACAUCAAGGCUGGAGCACUCGGUGUGCCCCGGCUCCGCGGCGGCCUGUGCCAGGGGGUGGGUGGGCCCCUGUGACACCCAGCAACCCACUACGCAAAUAGCCAGUGGCUCCUCUCCACCCCGCUCCCUCCCGGCUCAUGCAUGGGCUCCAAUUUCUCGGCGUCAGCCUCCGCCGGCGCUCAGCUGUCGGCCCCUCUGGCCUGUCACUCCCGCUCUCCACGGCACUGGGGCGGCUGCCCCCCUCCCUGCGCACCCGGCACGGAGGGCUGGGGGCUCUGCAGCCAACGGGGACCCAACGUCGGCCACCCUCUGCGGGGUUUUUCAUCGCAGGACAAGAGCUGCAAACACAGGCAUGACAGAGAAGGAAGUGCCAGAGCCACCGGCUUCACCUGCUUCAGGUGGGAAACCCAAGAGCCGGCUACAGAAGCUGAAGCAACUUUUCCAGCGAAAGCCCAAGGAGGAGACGGCGCCAGAGCCGCAGCCCAACGGGGAGCUGGUGAGCCCCUCAGGGGGACCCAUCUACUACAUCUAUGAGGAGGAGGAAGAGGAGGAAGAGGAGGAAGAGCCUGAGCCCCCUCCCGAGCCCCAGAAACUUGUCAAUGACAAACCCCACAAGUUCAAAGAUCAUUACUUCAAAAAGCCCAAGUUCUGUGAUGUUUGUGCCCGCAUGAUUGUCCUCAACAACAAAUUUGGCCUGAGGUGCAAGAACUGCAAAACUAACAUCCACCACCACUGCCAGUCCUACGUGGAGAUGCAGCGCUGCUUCGGCAAAAUCCCCCCAGGGUUCCGCCGGGCGUACAGCUCACCCCUCUACAGCGACCAGCAAUAUGCCUGCGCCAAGGAUCUGCUCUCAGCAGCCAACAGGAGCGACCCUGUGUUCGAGACCCUGCGGACGGGCGUCAUUAUGGCCAACAAGGAGCGCAAGAAAGGGCAGGACGACAAGAAAAACCCUCUGGCUGCUAUGAUGGAUGAGGAACCAGAGGCCACGAAGACAGAAGGGGGCAAAGCCGAGGGCGGCACCUCUGAAGGGGACAAGAAGACUGAGAAGAGCCCAACAGAUGACAAGAACAAGAAGCCACAGCCAGGGAUCCGCGGUGGCUACCUGCAGUCUCACUAUUUUGUGGCACUUUAUCGCUUCAAAGCCCUGGAGAAAGAUGACCUUGAUUUCCCGCCAGGGGAGAAGAUCACCGUGGUGGAUGACUCCAACGAGGAGUGGUGGCGGGGGAAGAUCGGUGAAAAAGUCGGCUACUUCCCUCCAAACUUCAUCAUCCGGGUGCGGGCAGGUGAGCGGGUGCACAAGGUGACCCGCUCCUUCGUGGGCAACCGGGAGAUCGGGCAGAUCACGCUGAAGAAAGAUCAGAUCGUGGUGCAGAAGGGCGAGGAGGUGAACGGUUACGUGAAAGUCUCCACCGGCCGCAAAGUGGGGCUCUUCCCCGUGGACUUCCUGCAGGAGAUCUGAGCGGGGGCAGCGUCCCAGGGCCCCCCAGCCGGGGAAGGGACGGACCCCGGCGGGGAUGGGGAUGGGGCAGCAGCCCCCCCUCUCCCCGAUGCCUGCGGCGGUGGGGUCUCCGGUGGGGACCGUCUCCACCGGGCCGGGGGUGGGGGAGGCACCUCGCGGGCUGUUUCCCCCGUGGGGUUUUUGGUGCCUUCAGAGACACGGGGGGCAGGGAGGGGGCUCCCCAGGCUCCUUCUGGAGGCCGCCCAGUCCCCCCGCCCGAGGUGGCGGGUGCCUCGGGGGGGUGAGCGCGGUCCUGCCCCGCCGCUCGGGGCUGUGCGAUCCCGGGUUUCGGCAAUACACGUCUGCUCCAGCGCCGCGCUCGCCCCGCUUUGGAUUUCCUGGGGGGGCGGACGGGGGUCACGGCGGGGCUGCCGGUGGCCCCAGCUGCUGCGGACCGGGCCGGGGGGGGCUGCGCCGGCGCUUUCCUGCUCCGUACAGGCCCCUUCCCCGACCCUCCGCCCCAACGCGGCACCCGCGACCCCCCUUGGGAUCCGCGCAGCCCCGGGCGGUGCGAGGGGAAGGGGGCAGGACCACCCCCCCCGGCCCCGUUCCGCAUCCCCGGGAGGGCCGGGGCCGGGCGCUGGCGCGGGGCCCGGCGGGGCCCGAAUAGGGGCCGCGGGCGACAGGUGACGGGGCGCGGGGAC